GCACCGUCACUGGUAGCAGUUGUAGUUGUAGUUGUACGGUGGUACUUUUAUGUUCGCAGGGAAGUGAUGAGGUAAAACAAGAAAGAAAAGAGGAUAGAACCUCUGCCACUGGUUCAAAUCAUAAAGAUGAUGGAUUCUCUUAACCGACCAACCUUCCAAGCUCUCAUACUUGCUACUACCCCCACUCAUUUUCCCUCGUCUUUCCUCUUCCCUUCUUCAACUUACACUUUCCCAUUGCCACGUUGCAUCAAAGCUCUCUCCACCACCUCUACCGCCACCCUACAAUCUUCUAAACUCUCCCACGACUACCCUGCCAAACCUCAAUGGAAAGCCUCUAUCGACUUCAAGUCGAUUAAGGAUAACAAAGAUGCUGUUGCUGCCAACAUAAGGAACCGCAAAUCUCAUGCUAAUUUGGAACUCGUCCUCCACCUGUAUGAUCAAAUGUUUCAUCUUCAGAAGAUAGCAGGAAGUUGAGAGGCUUCGUGGAGACAGAAAUGCAGUGGCCAACAAGAUGAAAGGAAAAUUAGAACCGUCUGAACGCCAAACACUAAUUGAACAAGGGAAGAAUUUGAAGGAGGGACUUAUUGCUUUAGAAGAAGACUUGGUGAAGCUUAAUGAUGAGCUUCAACGGGAGGCACAGUGUAUACCAAACAUGACUCAUCCAGAUGUUCCAAUAGGAGGGGAGGAUUGUUCCACAAUAAGGAAGAUGGUUGGAAGCCCCCCCAACUUUAGCUUUCCUGUCAAGGAUCAUCUACAACUAGGAAAGGAACUUGAUCUUUUUGAUUUUGAUGCAGCUGCAGAGGUCAGUGGUUCAAAGUUCUACUACCUGAAAAAUGAAGCAGUUCUGUUAGAGAUGGCUCUUCUCAAUUGGACACUGUCAGAAGUAAUGAAAAGAGGCUUUACUCCACUAACAACACCUGAAAUUGUACGGUCCUCUGUUGUUGAGAAGUGUGGGUUUCAACCUCGUGCGAACAAUACCCAGGUCUAUUCUAUCGAUGACAGUGACCAAUGCCUUAUCGGUACUGCAGAGAUUCCUGUUGGGGGACUUCAUAUGGAUUCUAUACUUGCUGACUCAAUGUUACCCUUAAAAUAUGCUGCAUUUUCGCAUUGUUUCCGUACUGAGGCUGGUGCUGCAGGCACUGCAACUAGGGGUCUUUAUCGCGUCCACCAGUUCAGCAAAGUUGAAAUGUUUAUUUUCUGCCGUCCAGAAGAAAGUGAAUAUUACCACCAAGAGCUUAUUAAAAUUGAAGAAGAUAUCUUUUCAUCCCUAGGGCUACAUUUUAAAACUUUGGAUAUGGCCUCCGAAGAUUUAGGUGCACCUGCUUAUCGCAAAUUUGAUGUCGAGGCAUGGAUGCCUGGUUUAGAACGGUUUGGCGAGAUCUCAAGCGCAUCAAAUUGCACAGAUUAUCAGAGCCGUAGAUUGGGAAUAAGGUAUCGUCCAUCAGAAGCACCCGUCGUAGGUGUAAAAAAAUCUAAAGCUCCACCACAGUUUGUUCACACAUUAAACGCUACAGCAUGUGCUGUACCGCGAAUGAUUAUAUGUCUACUUGAGAAUUACCAACAAGAAGAUGGAUCUAUCCUUAUUCCUGAGCCCUUGAGGCCAUUCAUGGGAGGGCUUAAUAUUAUCACAAGAAAAUCAUGAUAUAAUUUAUACCCAUCACAUUUUUUGCAUUUAUUUAAAGGAUGCUAUUGCGGUAUCAGAUUGUGGUCAUAGAUGAGUUGAAGCAAUUUCAUUAAACGAAAGUGGCACUGAUUAAUUGUUGUACAAAUACUCUUGAUGACAUCAUGUCAGCCUGUAAAUUUUUCUUUCCUUUUUAAAAAUCAAAUGUUUUCUAUAGCUUA